CAGAUUGUCAUUGUUGUUGAUUGUUUUGUUUAAUUGUCUACGAUUACUUUUUCUGUUGAUAAUCUGGUUUAGUUUCUACAGGCCUUGGUAGUGUUUUAGCUUUGAUUAUCGUUAUACUUUCAUUCGAGAAAUAGAGUAAAUUUGAGACUGAAUUAUCUCUGGGCCUUUCAUCAUGUACAAUUUUCUCUACUUUGGUUGACCCUGAUUCACAACAUGGCUGCCACUUUAUUCAGAGCAUCAUCUCUUCCAACUCUUAGACGAUUUUUGACAACUAAAAAGCAAGUGAUUUCUGUCGCUGGGAAGGAAUUUAAAGCCGUUAACGACGUUUUUCCCAUUGAUAACGAUUUCAUAUUACACAAAGAAAGUCUUGAAAAACAAGUCGCUCGUGAUUCAAUCAUAAAUUCCGAUGUUUCACCUCAGGAUAUUGCUCUGGUUUCAGGAAUGCCCGAAGAACAUACAACCACAAGAAGAGUUCGAGUGUUUAAAGAGGCAAAAAACGCGAUGCAAUCAGGAAAUAAGAACACUUAUACAUGGAAAUUAGACUUUGAAAAUAGAGAAAGAUGGGAAAAUCCACUCAUGGGAUGGACAUCAACAGGUGAUCCAAUUUCAAACUUAUCUCUCAAGUUCAAUUCGCUAGAAGAAGCUAUUGCUUUUUGCGAGAAAAACACUUGGUUUUAUACUGUUGAUGAACCACCGGAACCAAGGAAACCAAAGAAAAAAUCAUAUGCCGAUAAUUUCUCAUGGAACAAGCGAACCAGAGUCGGCAGUAAAUGAAUAAUAUAUUUCUACCUGUAGAUAAGAAGCCGUUCCAUUCAUCGUAGAUACAAAUUUACAUUUAAAAGGAAAAAGUUAUUAUGAUUGUAAAUCAAUUCGAUGAGUAAAGGAAAGGAAAAGAAUAUUGGAAAAGUGAA